AUGAGGCGUCUGCUCGUCCCGGUGUUGCUCCUCCUGCUCGCAUUGUCUACGUGCGAGUCCUCCGUGUUGCAGGACACAUGCAAGUCCGUCGCCGCCGGCCACCCGUCCGUCAGCUACAACGACUGUAUCAAGACCUUCCAGGGCGACAGCGCCAGUGCCACCGCCGCCGACGCGCGCGACCUCGCGGCCAUCGCGGCCAGGAUCGCGGAGAAGGCCGCGAACUCCACGUCCGCGCGCAUCGCCGCCCUGAGGGCGUCGGAGAAGGACGCGAGGAGGCGUGACCGCCUCAGCGUGUGCGCGGAGGUGUACUCGGACGCCGUGGACCAGCUCGGCGAGGCCGCCAAGGACGUCGCCAAGGGCGGGGACGACGCCACCCAGGACGCGCUCACGCAGCUCAGCGCGGCGCUGGACGCGCCAGGGACGUGCGAGGACGCGUUCGGCGAGGCCGACGACGCGUCGCCGCUGGCCCCGGAGGACGCUGAGUUCACCAAGCUGGCGACCAUCGCCCUCGCCGUCGCGGCAUCGCUCUCGCCGCCGCCAUCGACACCGGCAAUCAAGGAUUGAUACUGUCGUCUAUCAUCGUGAUUCGUCUACGCGCUUAAUUAGCAGUUUAACAAUUUAACAUCGU